UCUGCAUUUUCUCCGUGGUCGUGCCAUCGACACGUUGUACUGGAUCGACGCACUCUGCAUCAACCAGCGUGAUAUUCCUGAACGCAACAGGCAGUUACGUAUGAUGCCGCACAUUUAUUUUAGGGCUAGCGUCGUUGUAGUAUGGCUGGGCAAGAACUACUUGAAACAUCAGAGGGGCCGUCACACCUCCAUGGGCUUGGCGACUUUACACCUUCCGGACCAGAUCCCGAAGCUUCAUCAAAAUCAGACGAUGCUCAAAGCCAACAGGUAGCCACGGCUAGCUCAGACGAAGGUGCCGAGCAUGAGGCAAUGGCGAGGGACCUAUGCAUCGAUAACUACUGGAAUAGAUUAUGGAUUGUCCAAGAGAUCGGGCAGGCGCAACGAAUCGAAGUGUGCUUUGGCAAAGAAAGGAUAAAUUGGGACGACUUCAUUCACUUCAUCACUAUGCACAACGUCGAGAGUUCCGGGCCCCUGAGACUCAAUCGGCAAAGAAAGGAGAAGUACCAAGGACAGAAUACCUUCCGUAGACUGCUGGAGGUCCAUAAGGAAGCCUCGCGCCAAGAACCAAGGGACAAGAUAUACGGCUUGGUCGGUUUGGCAUCUGAUGCUCGGGGUUUCCCUAUGGAUUACGACAAGUCUCUCCUCGAGGUCUGGUCCGAUGUGAUGGAGUUCAUGAACGAACGCCACUUGCUUGAACAGUCUGAAAUCGUUUCGGUUGCGGCGUUGGUUAAAUAUCUGCUUAUGGGCACAACAUGUCCGCCUAUUCAGCAAAUCGCGCGGCCGUAUAUUCCCGAGUCCGGUGACAACAUUCUGAUAGAAAAUAUAAAUAGCCGGAGGGUAUUUAAGCUGCAAGCUUACGUGAUCGGAUGUGUCAAGUAUGUCGGUCCUUCUCCUAACGAAAUCAUUGCAAGCCUCGAAAAGACGGAUGUUUGGACACAAUGCGUUGAAGAGAACUUCAGAAAAGAGCUCAGCGAUGCCCACUACCAGAGUGACAAGCUGCAUCGUACAGUGGACCGCCUCUGA